AUGUCCCAGGAUAUGAAGAAACAACGAGGCGUAGAAAUUACAUCAGUGGAUAUCGAAAUCAACAAAGAGAACCAAACGACAAAUCAGGGAGAGACGGGAUUAGUCAUCAAGGACGGUUUCCAGAACAAGCACCUACGUUUGUGGAACAGUGAACGUUACAAUAUAAUUGAACCUUACUAUUAGUAAGGUUUAAACAUUGUGGCAGUUAAAAGUAUCAUCAAUAAACUACGACUAAAUAAAACUGUGUAACAGUAGCACCGUAAAAGCAUAAUAUAGGAAUUUAAACCUUGUAAUGUUUGUCCUAAAUACAAUAAACAUGUCAAUAUAUUUUGACUAUCACUUCCUUUCAGUGUAAGCCAACCAGAGGAUUUGACCGCACAUUUCAAUUGUUUCAAUGAUUACAUUUCCAAAUAACCUUUAACAUUUCAAAGAACGUGCUCACGUUAUCUAUGGUACUUUUCUUGGGCAGAAUUGCUAACCCGUGUAUUUCGUUGCGAAAUAUGAAGUUCUCGUUGCAUUAACAACGCAAUAAAACAAAAUGUUUUUCAAGUAAUAACAGACGUUUCUGUAACUCUUUAUACAGUGAGUAAUCAGGCGGCCACCCUUUCUUAAUUUCUUUCCAAAAGAAUGUCCAUCAAGCGCAUCUUUUUACUGUGGUUAUAAAUAACUGCUAUCUGUUCGAGAGAACAAAAACUGAUGGUAUAAAGGGAAAAAUUAAAAUGUCAUGGGUCAGUAACAAGUGUGUGAUAUUUCGGUACGGCAAGCAUUCAUUAAUAUAAACUACAAGUAGUUCCUCAUGUUUCCUUUAAGAUAGCAGAGCGAGCGCAACAAGAAAGCACACGUGAAAACCGUAGUCUAUCAUUACAAAUGUAUUGGCUGAGAAUGAUAAAUUAGAGACAACAAUUUGGACUGAAAUUUACCGCAGCGUGGGAACAUUAUUACUCCUCGAGUAAGAGCUUAGAUUUUCCCAAGUUAGCCUGAACAGGCUUUUAGGUUCUUAUUUUCUGGACAAAAAAAAUACAUUGCACUUAAGAGAAUCUAGUAUUCAACCUGCUCGUUACAAAAAAUUUGCUUACCAGUAAAAACAAAUUAAAGCACUGAUCACCUUCAGAGUACACAUCAUUUUAUUUGAAAAUAACAGCCUGUUGCAAACUUCUAAACAGGUUUUUGUACAGAGGAGGUCUUACUGACAAAUUGUAGCCUAACAGGUUCUUAAAAACAAAGUUUAGCACUUGCGUGGUAGUACUGUAUACAUGUAUCACCAUUAGCUGCUGUUUUCUGGUCUACGAAAAAAAAGUGAUAAUAAGACAAUGAAAAAGGGGACAUGGAGAAAAUAUCAUACGUUACCCACAGUUUAAAAAUGACCGAUUGGACACGUAAAUGUACUCAUUACUAUAAGUAAUUCACCGUCCCAAAAUACGAAAUUUGCACUAGAUUUUCUAUUGCAACCGCACUGUGUCAUCAAGGCUCCAGGGGUUAGGUAAAGUCAUCUUCGAACCCGCGACCAGUUCCAUUUUUUUUCUUUUCGCCGUAACCUUUUUUGUGAGCUUUUCGUUAAGGAAAACCCUAAACUGAAAUAAAUGUUAUUCGGUUGACAUCCUUCUUAACGAAACUACACUAGCAGGUUAGAUUGCCAAAGCACAAGGCUGCCGUUGUGUAAUCUAUGUCGGCAAUUAUAAUAAAUGACCGAGAGAUGAUUGAACAAAAGAGCAUGCGAGGAUUAUUUGACGAGUUCUAUGAUUUGAUCAGAAACCUCGUCUUUCUUUAAUCUAUGAUAGCGGUUUAACCGAGUGUGAUCGAGGUGAAUAUGCCCACAAGCGAGGUAGCCCUCAACAACUCCUCCACAGUUAAGUUAACCCACUGACCCACAACAAGAGCUACUAAUUUUCAUCCGCAUUUCUGGUAUGGGUGAGUUAACUUUCUAGAGGACAAUCUAUUGACUAACGGGAGUGAAUAUUCUUCUGCUAGUUGCUACGGACGCUGUCGUACAGUAUGAAUGUACAAGGCGGGCUGGUUGAUGAUGAGGCGUAAAGAAAAAAAGGGCAAAAUAUUCCGGUACAUUUGUAUCCUUCAACAAGUUAUGCCUUAAUAUGAAAGUACUUUUCUAAUUACCUAUAUUGCACUGUCUGAUGUGAAUGUUACAAUUCCAAUUGAAAAGAACAGAAAAAGGAAGUUCCCAACAUAAGACAGGAAACAACACACUUCUGACGACCAAGGAAAUUAAUUGAUAUAAGCGCGUCAUGUUGGAACACCCCCGUAACCACGUCCUUCCGUAAACUUAUGAAAUUUGUUGAUAAAAUUAAGCGCCCUGUUUGUAUAUUUAAAGGGUCUUACUUCUGUCAACAUUCAGAAAGGAGCAGUUUUUAAAUGGGAAGAAUUCAAAAAAUGAAUUCUUCAUUUCUUUUUUUCAGCUUUCUAGUAGUUCAAGUUCAUCUCAUCAAUGGACAGCUGUCUCACAUAAGCUCAAAAUACCUAUAUGGCCGUUCACCUGUACUUCAGCCGCCACGAUACGAGGUAAGGUAGUUAACUAUUAUUAGUAAUUUUGGCCAUGGACGUCAAAAAGCCUUUUUCUUUAAGCCUGGCAGAGGUGAGGACCUCGGUCAGUUCACUUGUUUUCUUGCCGCUCAAAAGCGAGACUUUUCUAUCGUCCAAAUUUAAGUUUUCUCUAAAUCCCGCAAGUCUUAUCUCCUCUAUUUACCCUAUUAUUAUUCAUGGUAACCAAGGUGAAUCACAAUAGUUGAAAAAACAGUGAGUAUCGGGCGUGUACCAUAUCUCUUAAAGACUCUGAAUACUGUGUCUGAUAAUACAGCGGUCCUUACACUCAUUCCCUAAGCAAUAUAUAUACUGUUCUCAUUUAUUGCGGCUAACUACUCACGUGGAAUUGGCCCCUAUAACGUUUAAGAAAGGUAAGUUGCUGGUACUUGAAUUCUUUACGGUCUCGCUGAAACCAUGGACAAAUAUCAUUUUUUAAUUUCUGGCUAUCUUCAACACUCUUUAGAACACAUUUGACAAGGAAAUUAAGAGAAGCACGAAGUUAACGAGCCUGCAAUCAAGCCAUUUCAAACGAAAUGUGUUAAUUUUUUUUACGCCCUAAAGAAUCUGAUAUUCUUUUGGAUUCAGCAGGAAGCCAAAUUUCCUGGCUUCCUAAGCUGCCUCGUUAACUUUACUUGCCUUAAGCACUGUGCUUUAGCGACCUGGGCCCAGUUGUUCGAAAGCCGGUUAGCGCUAACCCAGGAUUACAUUUUAACCCACGUUUCUUUUUCUUUUGUUCAAAAGCAUUUUUCAGGAUAAUUUUCUCUAUUCUUUUUAGAGCAUCAAAUCAUCAAAUUGUGGACAAAAAGAAUAAAACUGAAUUUGCUUUUUGAGCUUUCAUAUCUGAAUUGAAAUUUUGCACUAACCCUGGGUUAUCUUAACCCUGCUUUGAACAACCCAGCCCUGUAGCGUGCCGGGAGAAGCAAACAAAUACCAAAAAAGUUAAAGUUGUCUUUUCUUUCUUCUGUGUAGAUCCUUGGAGGAAAACAAUCCCAAUCGAGGGAUCUAAAGUAUGCAACGGAUGAUUAUGAACGAACUAGGAAAAGAAUAAACAAUGUUGGACAUUUGAAUCAUUUUUACAAAGCCUUCAAAAGGAACAGAGCGCCAGGCAAACAUUGA